UGUUGAAGCAGCUGCUCCGGAACAGGAAAGAUGUCUCCUGGAACCAGGCCUGCUGUCUCCUGCUGCUAAGGGACUGGAAAUAUUUGCCCCACCUGCCGGAAGCCAGCUGCGAAUGACUAACGCCUGUUCCUGCUCUCGAGAUCUGAAGCUGCGUCCUCGCGAUACUACUUUCCCGAAAUGGCCGCGAACAGUAAAGGAAACUUUGAUGGAAAAUUUGAGGCACUGGAUCUUGCAGAAUUAACUAAAAAACAACCAUGGUGGCGUAAGUUGUUUGGGCAGGAAUCUGGGCCAUCAGCUGAAAAAUAUAGUGUAGCAACCCAGCUGGUAAUUGGGGGUGUUACUGGAUGGUGCACUGGUUUCAUAUUCCAGAAGGUUGGAAAAUUGGCUGCAACAGCUGUAGGAGGUGGAUUCUUUCUCCUUCAGCUGGCAAACCAUACUGGAUAUAUCAAAGUUGACUGGCAAAGAGUAGAAAAAGACAUGAAAAAAGCCAAAGAGCAGUUGCAGAUUCGUAAGAAUAAGCAAAUACCAACUGAGGUCAAGAGCAAAGCUGAGGAGGUUGUAUCAUUUGUAAAGAAGAAUGUUCUAGUGACUGGAGGAUUUUUUGGAGGCUUUCUGCUCGGCAUGGCAUCCUAAGAACUUCACUUCAUUGUUCUGUUUUUAUUGUUGUUGUUUGUUUCUUGACAGCAGCUUCUACACUCCAACAUAGGACAAUUGACACUCUUCCUUUUCUUCUCUUGUGCCUUCCUCCCUGUUGUAGCAAAUCCGAAUGGCAUUAAUAGGCUUCUUCUGGUGCAAGGUUAAUACAGGCCUUCUCAAUCUUGACACAUUGGAAGAGACAGUAGAUGUUAGCUCUUCCAGUACCCUCCUUACUUGGUUGGUAUAUAUCUUAGCAAGAAUGUUCCUGUUCCCCUAUGUAAGAUCCUUUUUCAAACUCAAUUUGGAAAAGCAGCAUGUACCUUAGUACAUGUUAUAAGGAAAGAAACCAAAUACAUUUGCCUUUAAGCAUGAAAGAUUUUGGUAUUUUGGUGUAUGCUUUCUUUUUAAAUUGGUUUUAGACUAUAGAAAGAGAGUUAUUUAUACUUGCUAUAAUUAUCUUGCCAAAAUGGCAAUGUAAGUACCAUAACUAAAAAUAUUGAAUAUUAAAUAAACUUAUGUUAAAGAUGUAUGAAGUAAUAUAAGUAUUAUAUAUAGUAGGUGGGUUUUUUUGGAAACCAGCUAUAAGAACUUCAUGAAAUACAACAUUUAAGCAAGAAUUUUAAAUUUAAUUCUUUUAGGAGUGCUCUAUCUGCAUGUACACCUCCGUGCCAGAAGAGGGCAUCAGAUCCCAUUACAGAUGGUUGUAAGCCACCAUGUGGUUGCUAGGAAUUGAAUUCAGGACCUCUGGAAGAGCAACCAGUAGUACCCUUAACUGCCGAGUAUCUCUCUAGUUCCUUAAGCAAGAAUUUUAAAGAGAUGUUCCAGGCAUUCAGAAGUGAGAAUAGCACAUGUAUAAGAUAUUAUUUUCAUCAAAUGCAGUCUCCAUCAGAAUUAUUGUUUAAAAUGAAAUCGAUGUAUACUUUACAUUUUUCCAUAAUAGCUAUUAUUAUCUCAACUCCAACUAGAAAAUCAUCUUCCAGAAGCCAAGUCUUCUGUCAUGUUCAUUGUACCCACAAGGCUUACUACUUAAUAGAUUUCAAAUAUUUUUGAAUAUAUUUAUUUGUAUAAAGAAAGCUCUCCAUUAAAAGUUACAUUUACCCCAAAUGAAUUCUUAGAUAUGUAGAUGAUCCUUUGUGCAAUAGUGUAUUUUUAAGGUCAUACAUUAUACAUAAUUACUUUUUGACAUACCUUAACAAUAAUAUACUUUUGAAAAUCGAAACUACCAGUGGAUUUGUAAAACUACUUAGGAUUCACCUGUUUGCAUUUCCUCACUACAUUUUGAUUUUAUUUGAGCCAAUAUAAGUUAUUCUAUUUGUUGUAAUACAUGUUAAUCAUCUUUCCUUACAUAGUAGUAUAACCUACCUUGGUAUAUAUUUUUCUAAAAAUAUUUGGAGAUGAUUUUUCACUGUUUAUUGUAGAAACAUAAGAGAGUACAGUGAUUUCCCCAAGUAUCCAUUGCUUGCCUAUAGCAAUCAUGGAAUUGUAUUUGUUUAUCAAUUAUUAUAAAAUACCUGCCAUUUUAUUGUUUAUAAUAUGUAUUCAAUACUAAAUAAGAAUUUUUUAAAAACUUAAAAAUUUUGUUUUAAAACUUUAAAAAAUCAUACCUUUUUAUUACAGAAAAAUUAAUAAUGGUUCUUUAAUAUCAAACACAUGCAGUGUUUUAAAUCAUUGUAUGUGCAGUAUAUUUAUUGAUAACUAUGUGUCAGUUGUUUUAUAGUUCUCUGUAUUCUUCUUGGUGUUGUGCCAUUUAUAGUGAUUCUUGCUGUAGCCAUGUUGUUCUCCCUUUGUCUUAACAAUAUCAUUGACAUGGUGAUAGCAAAAGCUACUGCAAUACCCCUUUGGGUAUGUGGUGGGGAGUGGUCAUCGAGUACCUCUCUAGUGGCUUGGUAGCUGACUUCUUAUCCAUCUGCUUUCUUUGUGACUAUUAGAGGGUACAAAGAUUAUCGGGUUGGAGUUCCUUCAAAAGGUUAUAAUAUGUAAUGGUCUAGACUCAGAUUCUACCCUUGUCUGAAAUAAAAUCUAUAAGUCUAUCCUGAA